AUGAAUAUUCAAUUACCUGUCCCCGUCGCCGUGCCGCUGUGCAACAAACAACAGGCAGCAAACGCUAGCAGUGUGACGCUGGCAACCGCCAUGGUCGUUCGGUGUUCGUUGGUUUCUGGCAGACAACGAUCGUUUAGACCACCGUUUCGACUUUACAAUGCUCUACAUACAAAAGUGAUGCUGUCAAGAAACCGGAUCGUCUCGUACAAGGCAAGGGCACAGAUGGAACCAGUUGACUGCGACGAUGGUGCCGAGUUUCGCAGUUUCGCAAACAACCACGACGUUCCUGCUCCCCCAACAUGGCGACGCAGUCGGCACUGCUUUGAGCGACGUACGUCACUUUCUUGGUUUAUUAAACGUGAGGUUCAGUCGGACGAAGAUUUUUCAUUCAACGGAGCGAAUGUGACGACAGACUAA